AUGGCGGACGACGGCCACUUCCCGAGGGUGACUACGGACGACACCGCCGCGGCGACGGACACGGAGGCGUUCUUGAAGGCGUUGAAAGUGCAAGAGGGGAAGACGGGCGAGGAGGGAAAGGACGAGCUCUCGCUCGUCACUUCCAAGGGGGCGAUAAAGAUUAUUCUUCUCGGGGACUCAGCGGUCGGGAAGUCUAAGUUAGUAGAGCGUUUCCUCAUGGACGGGUAUCAACCGCAGCAGCUGUCGACGUUCGCGCUCACGCUGUUCCGGUACAACUUCAACCACCCCGACGGCCGUGUCGUCGCGGUGGAUUUCUGGGACACCGCUGGGCAGGAACGGUUCAACAACUUGCACCCGUCGUACUUUUACCGCGCGCACGCGUGCAUCUUAGCGUUUGACGUGACGCGGAAGGUGACGUACAAAAACUUGGACAGGUGGUACAGAGAGCUAGAAGAGUACUGCCCGGGGAUUCCCACGAUCGUGGUGGCGAAUAAAAUAGAUGUGGAUUAUAGGGUGACCGAGCGCACGUUUGCGUUUCCGGAGCGGCGAAACUUGCCAUUCGCGUUUGUGUCCGCAAGCGACGGCACGAACGUCGUGAAGACGUUUCAGCAGGCGAUAAUGAUGGGAAUUAAGCAGAAGGAGAACCCGAGUGAUGAUUUUUUGACGAUGGCGCUGGAGCUGUUGGCGGAGUGAGCGACUUAGGAGUUCAUAUUAAACGACUUUUUCGCGAUCGAAUCUCCCACGGUGCGAGUUCCCACGUUCUUCUCAGAACCCCCACUUGUUCGUCUGCGGCUUGUCGUCGUCGCAAACCUUUGCUUCCUCGAGCGCCUCCGCCGGCGGCGUCGGGACGUACUUCACGCUGACGCUAUUCACGCAGUGCCUUUCCAUCGUUGGCGUCAAACCCUCGUUCUCGAAGACGUGGCCGAGAUGCCCAUCGCACGCCGCGCAGAGGAUCUCGAUGCGCUUCAUCCCAAACGUCAUGUCCGUCUCUGUCUUCACGCCGCCUUUGUAGCACUUGUCGAACGCGGGCCACCCGCAGCCGCUGUUGAACUUUGAAUCCGCGGAGUAGAGAGGGUUGCCGCAACCUUUGCACACGAAGUGCCCUUCGUCCGGGUAGAACUUGUCGUACUCGCCGGUGCCCGCGGGUUCGGUCCCUUUCCUCCUGAGCACCUGGAACGAGGUCGGAUCGAGCUCUUCUUUCCACUGCGUUUCGCUCUUCUCCACUCUCGCGGGAGUCAUCGCCAUCGCGAUCGUGUUGCGACGAGAUCCGCUUCCGGCGGCGGGGUUCACGCGAGCGGCGGGAGACGCGAGCUUGCGCAGGUGCGCGUUCGUGCUCGCGCGACUAGUGGUGCUAAGAGUCCGCGCAGUGGCG